GGGAUCCCUCAUUUUUGCACAGGGAAUGUUCCUGAAUAUUUAUGUUAUUGUUGUUUAAUUGCUUAUAAUUGUUCAUACUGGGCAUAUUCCUGCAUUGAGUAGAACGAUACGGACUACUAGAGAAAGUUUUUAGUGGCAUUAUUUGGCUCUCAUUUUAUUUGACUCGUCAGUUGCAGUCGUCAGUCGUCUGUCUGCUCUGUUGUCAACUCAAAGUCAUCGCUUUGGCCUUUGCCUUGGAUUUUAAGCGGUGCGAUAAGAGGAGGUCCGCCGAGCCGCCGGCCAAGCGAACUCUGUGGCCGCUGCACCGCGCCUCACUCCGGACCCGUUUCAGCGGUGCGUCCAGUCAGACUACAGCAGCAGCGAGCGGCGGUGACGGGCGGUGAUGGCUGUACUGAAGCUGCACCGGCGCCGGCUGGGCCAGCUGCUGCUGGUGGUCGGGCUGCUGCUCAGCGGCCUGCUGUUGUGGAACGCCCAGAGCGGCCCCGGCUCCCUCAACGACCAGCUGGAGUCAGCGCGGUGGCGUGACGCCGACCUGGCGUCCCCGGCGGCGGCAGCUGACGAGGAGGGGGACCGCGCGCCCGUGCCGCGGCUGGUCACCGCGCCGGCGCACUGUGCUGAGUGGAUCCAGGUCGGACUCAUCUUCACCAAGGCCGACCAGCACCCCAAGAUGAAGCCCAACCUGCUGCACACGCUGAAAAGCCUCUCGGCGCGCACCAAGGAGUGUGUCAACUUCAACAUGUUCACCGACGAGCGCAGCCAGGCGGUCAUUGACGCUGUGUUCGCGAAGGCCCAACUGCCGAAUCGAUUCAAGGUGACCAGUCAUGCGAUCGCACCGAUGGCCGAACAGAUGAAGUCGCUGAUCGAGAUUCUGCAGGUGCACUUCGCUCCGCGCAAAGGCACCUACUACAACGACGUCCUUUUCUUCCUCACGACUACCAUGCACCGCUCGCUGCCGGGCCUGGACCGGCUCAUCAUGCUCGACAUUGACGUGAGUGUGCGUGACGAUCUGGCGCAGCUAGCGCGCCACUUUGAGCACUUCUCGUCCGAGCACGUGAUGGGUCUCAGCUGGGAGCUGUCGCCCGUGUACCGCCACGUGCUGACCGCCUACCGAGAGCGCACGGGUAACGUGACGGCCGGCGGCGCGCCGCCCGCCGGAUUCCCGGGACUCAACAGCGGCGUGGUGCUGCUGGACCUGGCGCGCAUGCGCCGCUCGGAGCGCUACAACGCGCUGCUGACUCCGGACGAGAUCUCGCGGCGCGUGUCGCGCUAUGACGGCUUCAAGGGCCACCUGGGCGACCAGGAUCUGUACACCCUGCUGGCGCUGGACGAUCCGCAGCUGUUCUAUGUGCUGCCGUGCGGCUGGAACCGACAGCUCUGCACGUUCUGGCGUAAGGUGCACCCCGAUGUGUUCGAUGAGUACUUCCGCUGUGACGGUCCCAUCAGCAUUUACCACGGUAAUUGCCAAACAGAGAUUCCCAAAUAGGAGGAGUCACCGGUGGCACGGCGAGGGACUGAGCUGAAUGGUGGUGUGCACAAUUCAUGGAACGGGUAAGGACUAGAGUUUCGGACGCACUUUGGUGAACUCAUGCAGUGGAUGAUUCAGUGCACUGUGUGUGUGCGCAUGAGUUUGUUGUAUCAUAACGUUUGUAUCAUCAGGGCUUAAGCGUGAUCUCAUUCGAACGUCUGGUCAGUAUGCUGUGCCUACCUCUUAUAGUUCCUUUAGCAGUCGUUUGGUUCUGCCGUAAACGUAGUGUGGUGCAGUUCGUUUUCGACAAUGCCAAGUAGCCUUCUUCCGUGCGUAUUACGUAAUUCUUUUGCGUUUAUUUGUGCACACUUCUCUCAGUUUGUCAAAGCUGGCCAGCUUGUAGAACCAGGACAUCUUUGAAGUGAGUGCUUAUAAUUUCUUUAUGCGGUCAUUAUGUGAAAUUAAAUUUUAAAUAUUUCAGGGAAUUUUUAAGAUUUAAGCUCUAUUUUUGUGGUUUUGUGUUGAUCUUUAAGGUUCAACUUAGACUUGUGCGUCAUUUCAUAUGCCUUGUGUUAUAUGUAGUAACGACUCAUGAAUUUUGCCCAGUGAACUGCGUGUUCCUAUCAUGUAUUGGGAUAGCCUCGCGUUACUUCGGUUGUCUUUCUUUUGUAGGCUUAUAUAGCUGUGUGUACAUUGAUUCAUUCUUUGUCGGUUGUGCCUCGGCUUGUGUUUGUCUUUCUAGGUAAUACAUAUUUUUACAUCUCA